CAUCCUCCGCAGAAUAAAGACGCCUGCUUCACGUACGUGCACAUGCACCAGUCGCAGCACGCCGACCUCUUUGAGGAGUUCUGCAAGGACAAGCUGCCCAAGGACGACGUCUUCGUGCCUCCGGAUCUGCAGCCCAUCAACCCGGAGGAGGAAGACGACGUGGUGCCGGACCAGCACGCCGCCUACGGGGUCCAGAAGGCCACGCAGAAGGCGCGCGAGCCCGCCUGGAAGGACCUGGGGCUUUCCGAGCUGAUGGCGCGUGGUCCCGCACAGGGCGUGCUGCCGAAGCGGCGACCCGGG